UAAAAGAUGCCGGAAGCGCAAAAUGCCUUAAGCCUCAUUCCGCCAUGCAUCGUAAGGGAAAAUGCCCAAUAUGUGUUAUAACUACGUCAAUAACAACUAACGCCUCACAAAAAUAUGAUAAAAAAAUGGAAACGUGAAACAAAAAAAAUGGGAACAUUACUUUUUUUUUACUUGGGAAUUUGUUUGUUGUUGUGUCGCCUGACAACAGACAAAUUGAUCUGUCGCUGUAUCGUGGGAAUAAUUAGAAUCGGGUUUGAGUCUAUCGCUUCACAAACUAAACUACAGUAAGCGGCUUUUGCCCCAAACAAAAAUGGCCGCCUAAGCAUAUUCCACUCACGUCAAUGAGUGGACCGCAGAUCCAAAAGUGUGCGUUCCAACAACGAGGAAGAAGGCGGAGUCGCGUAAGGGAGCCAAUCGCCACAGAGGGAAUUUAGCCCGUUCCUCCAAUAGCGAGCCUCCUAUUUAUGGCCCAGGUUGGAGGCUACAGACAUAAUGCCGCUGUUCUAGGUAAUUGGAGAGAACAUUUUUUUCGCCGUGGGAAGGCUCCCCGUUUGUUCCUGCCGAUAGCGACGCCGGGGGAGGAAUUUGGUUUUCAGUAGGCGCUGGCCAAUGGGCCAUGAAGGUGAAAGUGAUAUCCGUGCUGGAUGAUAACUACAUGUACCUGGUGAUAGAGGAGCACACAAGAGAUGCCAUUGCGGUGGACGCUUCUGUGGCUAAAAAGUUGCUGGAGAUCGUCCGAAAAGAAGGAGCCAACUUGAAAGCUAUUCUGACUACCCAUCACCACCUGGAUCAUUCCCGAGGGAACGUGGAUCUGCUCCAGCGAUUCCCUGAGCUGCGGGUGUAUGGGGCUGAUGACAGGAUAGGAGGGCUGACCCACAGGGUUGUCCAUAACCAAGAACUGAAGUUUGGGGGUAUUAACGUGAGAUGCCUUUUCACCCCAUGCCAUACGUCCGGGCACAUGUGUUUCUACAUGUGGGAGGAUGGCUGCCCUGAUGCACCAGCGCUAUUUUCAGGGGACACACUGUUUAUUGGAGGCUGUGGGAUGUUUUAUGAGGGGACAGCAGAGCAGAUGCACAAGAACCUCUCGGAGACACUUGGAUCUCUCCCCAAAGACACCAAAGUAUUUUGCGGCCAUGAAUAUACGGUGAGGAACCUGAAGUUUGCGCUCAAGGUAGAACCAAGCAAUGAGAAGGUGAAGGAGAAGCUGGCGUGGGCCAAGGCUCGAGAUGAAGAUGAUAUUCCCACUGUCCCUUCCAGCCUUGAGGAGGAAUUUCUUUACAACCCCUUCAUGAGAGUGAGGGAGGAGACUGUGAUGAAGUUCACGGGAAAAACCAACCCGGUGGAAGUUACGCGGGUCCUGCGGAAAGAAAAGGAUGCCUUUAAAAAGCCAAAGGAUCGGUUGCCAAUUCCCGCCAUCCUUGCAUUCCAGCUGGGCAUGCUCAGUCAGUCGUCCUCUGAUGAAGAAUCAGCACCAAAAACGUAGUCUCUUCCAGGCUUCUUCUGCACCUUUAUUGGGGAGCUGCUUAAUUUUAGGGGGUGACUUUGCUUAUGAGAUGGCAUGCACUAGAAUUACCCAUGAUUCCUCUCCAGCUUCCACAGAAUUCCAAUGGACUCACGAGAGACGGAUCUGCACUUUCUCACUUCCUGUCCUGCCUCAAAAACUCCCUGCAACCUUCAAGAGCCAAGAGAUGUUCCCCUGUGUGUUUUUUCCACUUCCACAAUUCCCAAACCUUAGGAAUCAACCAGUGAGAAUCACAACAUCUUGAUGCAAAAAAAAAAAAAAAAUCCCCAAAUUACGGGAAAGUUCUAAACUUUUUUUUACACUUUGCACUUUAAACUGCUCGGCACUGUGUCAGGCUUCAGCCAGAAAUAAAAUUAUCUUAUUUUUA